GUGAGAGAGAGUCAGUGUAUAGACGCCGAGGAACGGGCCCUCCGGAGUAUGGAGCGGUACAUGAACAUCCCGCCUGUACCCAACACUCGACUCAAGCUGCAUCGGAUGUCUAGUUUUCAGGUAAACCAUCAUUUCCAGUGUUCUCAGCUCUGCUAUCUCACCCCCGGGUGUCAGUCUUACAACUACCGUAAAGCAGACGGCAUCUGUGAGCUGAACAACAGCACCAGGGACGAUUCUGUGUUCUUCACUAAAACAGAGGAGGGAUGGGACCACUACGAACGCUACUCUGCUCUCAUCUCCAGGGCUUAUAGCAACGGGAGCUGGUGUGACAGCAAUGUGACGGUUGCAGAAGGACAUGUAGUGGAGUUUACCUUUGACCCAGUAUUCCAACUUGAACAUCAACGCCACUGCCUUUACGAUUACGUUCAGCUGUCGGAGAAUGGGGCCAACGCUAACCUCGGUCGGUACUGUGGGGACAACCAUCCCGAGGGCCCCAUCAGAUCCUCUGGUCAGGAGAUCACGGUAGAGUUCCGGUCAGACGAUACCAUUGUGGGUUCGGGGUUUCUGGUCAGCUGGAGGACCGUGCUGAAGGAUGCAUGCACGACUAAACACACGGGUACAGAUCUCCAGUACAAGUGGGACCUCCCACCGCUCACGGGACCCCCCUUCACGUUUGAAGUGCAAGCGAGAACCGACGCCUAUGUGGUGACUGCACCGCUAAACCAAGCCGCCGACGGUGACAAUAUGUACUCCAUUAUAUUUGGUGGAUGGGGAGGCGCAAAGUCUAGGAUAUACCGCUCCGGUAGCAACACGGAACUGGUCUCAACACCUGAUAUCCUCUCUGCUACACAGUACAAAGCCUUCUGGAUUUCCUGGGACUCAGACGGUACCAUUGCGGUUGGGAGGGGUGGCGAGGCAGACCCGUUUAUGCGAUGGGUGGACCCGAAUCCUCUUCCGAUUGGCCGCAUCGGGUACUCUACUGCAUAUGGAUCUUCCGGACAGUGGACUUUCUGUCCCACUGUCCGGCAUGGAGACAUCAUCACAGCAGACGAGUACAGAAGCUUCUGGAUAUCCUGGGAUCCGAACGGAGCCGUAGCAGUCGGAAUGGCGGAUGAAGACCGUCCGUUCAUGCAGCUGGUGGACACAGAGCCGUUACCGAUUGUCCAUGUGGGGUAUACUGUUCGCAGUGGAACCCAACUGGGACACUGGAACUUCUGCCCCGCAAUCGCACACGGAGGAAGACCACGAGACUGUUCUGCUGUGUUGAGUGAAGGGCACGAGAGCAGCGGGAUCUACGUCAUCUACCCAUAUGAGAAUGACAGCGGGAGAAGCAUCGGGGUGUUUUGUGACAUGGACACGGAUGGAGGUGGCUGGACUGUUUUCCAGCGUCGUCAGGAUGGUUCUGAAGACUUCUACCGGGGCUGGGCUGAUUACAAGGCUGGGUUUGGCAAACUGGACAGAGAGUUUUGGCUUGGUAACGACAAGCUCCACCAGCUGACCAGCCAAGCCCAGUAUGAGAUGCGGGUUGACCUGGAGGAUUUUGAGGGCAACAGUGCGUAUGCGCAGUACCAGGUCUUUACUGUGGGGAGUGAAGAUGAACAGUACAAGCUGACUAUUGGGGGGUACACUGGAACUGCAGGCGAUUCCCUGGCCUACCAUCAUGGGAGGACUUUCAGCACCAAGGACAGGGACCAUGAUAGCUAUGCUGCCUCCUGUGCCCAGAUAUACAAGGGGGCCUGGUGGUUCAGUGCCUGCCACAACUCCGGUCUGAAUGGCCUGUACCAUGGAGGUCCACAUACUUCCAAUGCAGAUGGAGUCAAUUGGGUCCACUGGAAGGGGUGGCACUACUCCCUGAAGCACUCAGAGAUGAAGAUACGUCCCAUAGCUAACUAAAGCAGGGAUGUUCGAAGCCUGCAUGUUAUGGUAGCUAAUUGCCCUCCAAUGGCUUUAAAUAUAAACGAACGUUUCAUUCUUCAAAGUUUGAGAAAACGUCAUACAAAACAACCGAAGUAUCUUUCCUGUCUCAACAUCAAUACCUUUCUCAGUUACCGACUGUAUUUGCCAUGCAAAAUAUUUAUCCUGUAAGCUAGUGCUGGUAUACAGACAACACAUGCUGCAUGUACCUGCAUGUACAGAUAUCUAAUGCCUUAUAACAAUAUCCAGUAAGACUGUUUGUUGCUCAUACUGACAAGCCAAGCAAAACUCUUAAAAGCGCUUGAAAUAUUUAACAUAUAUAGGAGUGUGUCGUAAAAUGUCACUACCAUUUCUUGAUCAUUGACAAAACAUUCCUGGUAGAAAAUGUUGUAAUGUUUGUCUAUGAAUCAUAAUGAUUGUACUAGGUAGUUACUUAGCAAAAGUGACAGACUCAUAAGUAACCUUCCUAUAAAUGUGUAUAU